UCAUCACCAACACCACACUAGAAACUGCAAAAGCAAAGUCAAGGACCAACACUGAAUGUCAUGGACCCCUCUCUUGUGCCUUAUGCUUCAGACCAUGACCUUUGGUCUCAUCCGUCGUUGACACCCUCCGCUUUGCUGGUGGAUUCUCUAACCGUCCCAUUCGAGUUUACAGACACAUAUGAGUAUGAUCUAAGCCAGCAAGUGCAGCCUCCUUUAAAAAGACGCCGCGGCAAGGCUUUUACCGGCUGUCUCACCUGUCGUGAGCGAAAAAUAAAGUGCGAUGAGACCCGGCCUAUCUGCAAGAACUGUGAAAGAUCGAGGCUCUAUGUUUGUCGCGGGUUCAUCGACUCAUCUGGAGCCAUAUCCUACGAUAAUUUCAGUCCGCAGGCUGUGAAAACGCCUUUGGCUACAAAUUCGGUUUUACUGAACCGAGGAGGGUGCUCAAUGCCCUCGAAUAUAUCACGAACGCUUUCUAAGUUUCACCAGGUGCCUACUGAUCAAAGGACAACCACAGCCGAGACUGAGACCGCGAGGUCACUAAAUGGAGAGCCCAUCAAUCCGAGUCCCUCUCAGACGCCUUUUGCUUCGAGCAGAGAAUUGGAGGCCUUGGAUGAAAGCUGUGAAAAAUAUGAAGAUUUGAUCGCGCAUUAUCGUGAUGUUGUCAGCUAUAUAAUGAUGCCCACCAUUGAUAGUGCUCGCAACCCCUGGCUUCAAUUAUAUCUGCCUUGGGCACUUCGCAAACGACCCACGAAAACACAGUUAGCCUUGCGGUAUGCACUGCUUUCGGUUGCGGCAUAUCAUCGUGCUCGGACAUCCCCACAGGCACUGUCUGAUGAUAUAUCAAAAGCAUGCGAGUUCGAAGAAAAGGCUGCGUCCACGAUAGCCGACCUUCUAGAACAAUGUUCCGAGUUGACCGAGACAUCAGACAAAUGUGCACUCCUGGCAGCAGCCAUGACCAUGAUCACUGUUAGUCUAGUCAGCGGUGAUAGGACUAGUUGCCCAACACAUAUAGCUUUGGCGAAUCGAGUAUUCCAUCAGACUGGAGGGGAUGUAUUUUGGAAAUCCAAUCUACAAUCUGCAAUAUUGUAUCAAAUUUUCCGCUGUUAUGGAAUGCUUGCCAGCACGAGUCAAAUCCAGCCUGAACAAAGCAAGUCGGAAUUAGUGGUGGAAGAUGCUGAGGACCAGUCUCCCCAAAUACCAAAUACCGCAGAGCAUGGAGACGACGCCCUUAUCCAGCGACACUACAUUCUCGAUAUAUCCUUCGGGAUCAGUCUACAGACCAUGAAUCUCCUCAACAAGAUUGUCUCUAUAGCUCCUCGCCUACUAGAGAAAAACAACCAAGGUAAUUGGCCAAGUGAAUUGUUUAAUGAUUUGAAAUCUUUAGAGGAGAGCCUUCACCGUAUUGAUGAGACCCAGUCAUUUUCUAAUUCGAUGUGUUAUCCAUCCUGGACUCUAAAUGAGUGUGAAUCGUACGACGAAUACUCGUCUACUGGACUUCCCUCUCCGAUCAGCGAGGAGCUCAUGAUCAAUCACCAACGCGCAUUUCACAAUGCUGUCAUAUUAUUUUUCUAUCGUGUAGUCUACCAAAACACUCGAAAUAAGAAAAUGCAAGUAUUGUCCUCGAAAUAUCAGAAAAGCGGACAGCAUUACGUCGACAAAAUUCUAGAAAGUUUGGAGAAUAUUGAUUGUUUAACUCGUGGUGCUAAGGUUCGGCCGGCCAGUACAUUGUGGCCUUGUUUUGUUGCUGGCUGCGAGGCUAUAGAAACCUCUUUAAGGCAUCGUGCUUUCAUCUGGCUAUCUAAGAUGGCUAAGAGGGGAUUCGGAAAUGUCGAACGAGCAAAACAACUUGUAAUGGAGGUUUGGCGCAAGACUGACCGACACCUUGACGAUGAAACCAAGAUAUACCCUUUGGGCCUGGGGCCUGUUGACUGGAGGCUGGUGAUUAAAGAAUCUGGUGUGUCUAUACUUCUCUGCUGAAAAUUAGCGUCUGACGCAAUCAAUCACAUUGGAGAAAUUUCAGUCUUUUCAUUUUUGAAAGCGAGACCAAGGAAGUUCGGAAAGAAUUGAAUGCCAUAAACCGACUACGUAGUCCGGGUACACAUACUUAUGUUAACAAGGGCAGGGCAAUAUCAGAUAACGGCUGAAGAGAAAUUAAUUCAUUGUGUAUCUCUCCCUAACUUCCUCAGGCGCUAUGAUGAAAGAUAACUUUUGCACAAGAAAGCAGGAGCCAAUUAAGAUCGAGUAGGUGAGAAUGCGGGGAAGAUGAACCUAAAUACCCAUGAAUUCGCCCCGAGAGUUCGUAUCACCUAGUUACAUCGUACAUUAGUGAUACCGAACGGAGUUCUUG